UCACCUGGCCCGGGCUGGGAGGAAUGUCUGAUGGAGCAAGCCGGCUUGCCUGAGACGGUUCCAGCGCGUUCGAAUUCCAGCUGGAAGCCCUCGGGGACUAGGGCGGCAAGUCCCGGCUUGCAGAAAAGAGAAGCCAGUCCCAGGAGGGUGCGAGUCGCAGCGAGACCGGGUGCGCGCCCAGGCGCGUGCCCCGCCACGGCGCAGGGGGAGGGGAAGUCGCCGCAGCCACUCAGAGGCAUGGUAGUGAAGCCUCCCAACAACUUUAACUGUCAAUCAGACUUAAUGGGGUAUUAAAAAAAAAAGGAGGGGGCGCCCUUUCGGUGGGUCCACGCCGCAGCUGCCCCGCGAGCGAAGGAAUACGGCGUUGCAGACUAGGGCGUCCUAUCCACGCGUGCUCCACAAGCCGGCCCCAUCCAAGUUGAAAAGGACAAAAAGAAGGCAAUAAAUGCUAAAGGGGAGAGAAGGAGAGAGAGAGGAAGCCAGACCGAGCGGCAACUCCCAGCCCGGGCUGCAAGAGAAGGAGGCGGGAGCGGGAGAGAGCGGGCGCGCGCGAGGGCGAGCCGUGCACGGGAAGAAACUGACACCCGGACCCCCCACUUCUCCUGCACGGUGCUGGCAAUCAGAUCGCGUUUAAGCAAUUUCCUGAGCCCGAGAAUAGCAAUGAGUCGGGAGACUUUGGCGGACUGAAAUUGGGAGCUGCAGUCACUCCCCAGUCCGGGGAGUUUCGUCCACCGCCUCCUACCUCCUCCCCCUGUGCCCGGCUCCGCCGCGCGGAGGAUGGUGUGGAAAUGGCUGGGCGCGCUGGUAGUGUUCCCUCUGCAAAUGAUCUAUCUGGUGACCAAAGCAGCCGUGGGACUGGUGUUGCCUCCCAAGCUUCGGGACCUGUCCCGGGAGUCAGUCCUCAUCACCGGCGGUGGGAGAGGCAUCGGGCGCCACCUCGCUCGGGAGUUCGCAGAGCGUGGCGCCAGAAAGGUUCCUCAUGGAGCAAUGUCUGUGGCACGUGUUGGGGCUCCUGGUCUCCAGAUUAUUCUCUGGGGCCGGACUGAGAAAUGCCUGAAAGAGACCACAGAGGAGAUUCGGCAGAUGGGCACCGAGUGCCACUACUUCAUCUGUGAUGUGGGCAACCGGGAAGAGGUGUACCAGAUGGCCAAAGCUGUCAGAGAAAAGGUACAGCCCACAGGGACUGGCUGCCCUCACGGCUCCACAGCCCCCUCUUGCCCGCAGGUGGGUGACAUCACCAUCCUGGUGAACAAUGCCGCUGUGGUCCACGGGAAGAGUUUGAUGGACAGUGAUGACGAUGCCCUCCUCAAGUCCCAGCACGUCAACACCCUGGGCCAGUUCUGGACCACCAAGGCCUUCUUGCCGCGUAUGCUGGAGCUGCAGAACGGCCAUAUCGUGUGCCUCAAUUCCGUGCUUGCACUAUCGGCCAUCCCCGGCGCCAUCGACUACUGCACCUCGAAGGCGUCGGCCUUCGCCUUCAUGGAGAGCCUGACCCUGGGGCUGCUGGACUGUCCAGGUGUCAGCGCCACCACCGUCCUGCCCUUUCACACCAGCACCGAGAUGUUCCAGGGCAUGCGAGUCAGGUUUCCCAACCUCUUCCCGCCGCUGAAGCCAGAAACAGUAGCCCGGAGGACGGUCGAAGCUGUGCAGCAAAACCAGGCCCUUCUCUUGCUCCCGUGGACCAUGAAUAUCCUCAUUAUCUUGAAAAGCAUACUCCCACAGGCUGCACUGGAGGAGAUCCACAGGUUCUCAGGGACGUACACCUGUAUGAACACCUUUAAGGGGAGGACAUAGAGGCUCCUCAGACACACCUGAGGGGCCAUGGAGCCUGAGGGGAGCCACAGUACCCGGGCACACACCCGGGUGCCUGUGCGUCGGAGCGUCUGCUGGGUGAGCAGGACUGUUCCUGUCCCCAGCAAAGAUUCUGCGGCUCCCGGGUCAACUCCAGGACCUUCGUGCAGGACUGAUGUGUGUAACUCUGACCCCCAUGGGGAGGCGAGACGCCGUUCAGCAGCCACCGGACAGUUUUGUACCUUUCUCACUCUGUAGGUUUAUUGUUAAAUUGCUUCUUCAGUCUAACCCGCCUGAGCAGCGUGCAUCGACGAUUUCCAGGAGAGUCUGUCCCCAGACACUCUGCCUUCCCCUCCAAACCCUGUCACCCUCAGCUCAUGCAAACUGGUUAAAUGGCAGUAAUGCAAAUAAAGAGGUGGCUUGCACGGCU